AUAGAAUCAGAAUAAUGAAUCUUGUGCAUAAAGUGUAGAAGGGAGUCCACUAAAAUUGAGCGAAUAAAAUGACUUAUCAUAAUUGAUGUGUUAAAUGUUUGAAUAUUUUAUAAAUAUUGAGUGUAAAUAAUGUUUAAAAUAAAAGAUAAUUUAAGAAAAUUACAUUUUUUUUGUAACUGGAUAAAAGUAGUAAUAAAAUGGAUAUCAGGUAGUUGCAUCAGUUAAUUUUCUCCCGGCCCCUUUCUGCUAUCUAUUACAAGCUACACUAUAUUUGUUGAAAAUUAAGUAUUUAUUGUUUCUAUUUAACCUACUAAAUGAAAUACUAUAUAACUUGUUGAGUUUGGUUCAAUAUCCCUCCCAACUCUGUUUUGGCUUUGUUCAAAUAUGCAAGCGAAGAUAAGGAAAGAGGGAGAUUGAAUAGGAAACUUAAUCAAGACGAGCAAAGAUAAGAGGAAAAUUCAGAAAAAGUUUGGUGGAAGCAGAAACAUGUUAGAGGCCCUCCUCUUAUCGGUGAUAGAGAAGCUGGAAAUCAAUCAUCAAAGGGGCAUGAUAAAUGAGGAAGUCGUAAUCAAAGAUAUGAAAGAGAUUUUGGAUAUUGUGAAGGAUAAGAAAUUGGAAGAGGGGAGAAGGCUAAAUUUUUUGGUAUCUGACCUAGUCGACGUGGCCGGCGAUGCCCUCGACCUUUUCAAGCAACGCAAAAUCUAUUUUUACUACUUUGAGUCCGUCCUUAGUUGGAUCGGAGAGAUCAAACAGUACUUGCUUAAACUGGGAGAUGAUGGAGCGGAGACGGAGACGGAGUCGAACAUGAGAUCGUCAGAUAAUGUUGAUGACAAAUAUGUGGUGGGCUUGGAUGAAGAUGUGGAAAUGCUGCUUCGCACAAGGAUUAUUGGUAGGGAAGGAUACAACAGUUGGACUACUCUUAUCAAAGGGAUGGCUGGUAUUGGAAAGACAACUCUUGCGAGAGAGAUAUACAACCAUCCAACCGUCAUUGAGCAUUUCGAGCGUCGUGCUUGGGUAUCUAAUUCUACUUACUUCACUAUGAAAGAGCUACUUAUCAAACUAAUACAACAGGUAGAAGAUCCUCAGAAUCUCCAUACAUCUUCCUCAUUGGAGAAUAUGGACAAUCGAAGCCUCCGAGAUAUGCUUUCUCAACACCUGCAAGGAACGCGAUAUUUUAUAGUUCUCGAUGACAUGCCCAGACAAGUGCACUUGAAGUCUUUCUUGGAAGCUCUUUCACAAGAAUCAGUCAAUGGAAGUAGAUUGCUGUUCACAAGUCACAUGAAGCAUACGAACUUAACUCUAGAAGUCGAAGAUGUUCAUGAGAUGAAACCUUUGGAUUCUAAAGAGAGCUGGCAAUUGUUUUUGAAAACAAUCAACCAUGGCAAUAAAUUGACGGGUGAACACAAAUUCCCAAUGUACUUGGAGCAAAGAGGAAAACAAAUGUUGACGAAAUGCGGCGGUCUGCCAUUAGGUAUAAAAGAGGUGGGAAAGCAGUUAGCGGAAAAGAAAGUCUCUGAAGGGAGUGAAUGGGAACAACUUCUUGAAUCAGUUGAUUUCACUUCAACAUUGAAGUUAUUGGAACCAUUUUAUCAUAAAUUGGAUCCUGAAUUGGAGUCAUGUUUCUUGUGUAUGGCCUUCUUUAAGGAAAAUGCAACUUUGAGGAAAGAAAAGUUGAUGCAGAUUUGGGUUGCAGGAGGAGCUGGUUCACAACCUGACUGUCGACAUUCUUUAGAUGGUUUAAUCAAUGAAUCUGUUAUUUCAGUCAAGGACAAGAGCACAGAGUAUAGCUUGAAUCCUCUGCUACAUAUGAUAUCCAUCCAAAAGGCAGAGGAGAAACUAGGUUUUGAGAUCCUAAGGAACAAUGGAAAUAAUCGACCUUUUGAGAGUCCUCGUCAUCAUCGUGUUAUCAUUUGCAGCAGAGACAAGUUCAACUACUCCACGGAUCACGAUAAACGUCUUGUUUCUCUCUUCUUCCAUGGAGGUGGCUACUUCGACACUAGUCCAUCUUACUGGAACAGUUUUAAGAAGCUUAAGAUUCUUGACUUGGAAGAUUUUGGGUUGAAGAGUUUACCAGAAAGUAUUGGCACAUUGGUAAAACUAAUAUACUUGGGAUUGAGAAAUAAUUACAUAAAAGAGCUGCCACAGUCGUUGGGGUGCUUGAAAAAGCUUGAGGUUCUUGACAUAGCUCAAAACUUUAUGGUGGAGGUGCCGGAUAUUAUAUGGGAAUUGCGUAGCCUUCGCCAUCUCUACAUCUCUGAUCUGAUUUUGAUCUGA